ACAGUUGCAGGGACCAGACUCCAAAAGUUGACUGCUAUUUUCAUACCAUACGGAAGAUAUGGCGAGGAAGGAGACGGUAAGAAACGCCGAGCUGCUUGUAGAGAAAACAAUGAACGGGAACGAUGCUUCCCAUGACCCAGCUCACGUUUGGAGGGUCCGUGACCUUGCUCUAUCCCUUGCUCGCGAGGAAGGCCUCUCUUCCAACCCCACCUCCAUGGAAAUUGUAGAGCUUGCUGCCUUGCUCCAUGAUAUAGGUGACUACAAAUACCUAAGGGAUCCAUCUGAGGGAAAAAUUGUGGAGAAUUUCCUUGAGGAAGAGGGAGUUGGGGAGAACAAGAAGUCUGUUAUUUUGAAGAUAAUAAAGGGAAUGGGUUUCAAAGAGGAACUGGCGGGACAUGCAAAUAGUGAAUGGUUUCCUGAAUUUGGUGUUGUGCAAGAUGCUGAUCGACUUGAUGCAAUUGGUGCCAUAGGAGUUGCUCGUUGCUUUACUUUUGGUGGAAGCAGGAAGAUGAAGCUGCAUGAUCCUGCUAUUCUGCCACGGUGUGAAUUAUCCAAGGAGCAAUACGUGAACAAAGAGGAGCAAACUACCAUCAAUCAUUUUCAUGAGAAGCUUUUGAAGCUUAAAGAUAUGAUGAAAACUGAGUCAGGGAAGAGGAGGGCCGAGAGAAGGCAUAAAUUUAUGGAGGGGUUUCUGAAAGAGUUCUAUGAGGAGUGGAACUGUGUAGCAUAAAAUGAGGAACUUGUUCUUUCCCAGAUCCAUCGCUUAAUAUGUAUAUGCAUGUAGCAUUGGUGCUGUAGAAAGAGCUAAACGGUUAUCGAUUAGCUCAUAUUAGGAUGAUAUUCUGAUUAUGGAGCGUGCAGACUAUGGAGGCCAUUCAAUAUCUAUUCAUGCUUCAUUUUGCAAUUGACUAAGUUUUUUCUGAAACCUUGUGAGGAUGCUGUGGCUUAUAAAUAUGUUGGAUUUGAACUUUGCUA